AUGUCCGUGCUUCGCCAACUCGGUGCCUUGAGGCAGCCGUCUUUUCUUCACCUUGUGACCAGUAGGCUUUGGAACAAGUUGCCUGUGGUGACCCUGAACUUCCGCCUUUUUGAGGCUCACCAGGAAGAGAAGUCCAAACCCAUUAGUCGUUACCCCAUUCCCUACAAGAAGGACCUGCCUUUUGACAUUGUAGAGCUCAUGGAGGAGAUAGAAAAGAAGACAGGAUUUUUACCAAAUGUAUUUAAAGUUUUAUCUUACCGGCCAUUGGAAUUCCGAGCCUUCUUUGCUUAUUACAAUGCCAUCUACAACAAAGCAACAGGACAGCUCAGCCGAGCAGACAAGGAACUCAUUAUUGUAGUGACCAGCCUGGUAGACAGGAGCCUAUACCAUGUGGUUGUCCACAGUGCUUGGUACAGGGUCUACUCAAAGAACCCAGUGCUCUCUGACCAGGUCUGUGUGAAUUGGAGAAAGUCUGAUCUCCCUGCUCGGGAAAAAGCAAUGCUGGAGUUUGCACUUGCUGUUUCCCGGGCUGAUGAUAUAACAGAUGACCAUUUCAAAAAGCUUGAGGUGUAUGGCUUCAGUAGAGAAGAUGCCUGGGACAUAGCUGCCAUUUCAUCUUUUUAUGCCAUGGCCAACCGUCUUGCUCAUUUUAUCAAACUCAUUCCCAACAAAGAAUUCUACUUGAUGGGCAGAACGAGUGAUGUUAAGGACAUGGAGAGUGAACUUGCUGCUCCCAAAGUUUAA